CUGAGAUGGCGUCAACUAGAAAAGUCGUCCAUCAAGAUCGGACCACAUCACCAAGGGAAUCUCAAAGUCCUAGCCACCGAAGCAUAUGGCGGAACAAUCAUCAGGUUGCUUACUGCUGUCAAGGCUUGCAAUCUGGCCUUAUUGGUGUUCCAGUCUUCUACUGUAGGUAUCUCUGCAUCGGUGCCGACUAAGUCUAGCAUUGCCCUGUUCGAAGUAGCCCACCUCGUCGCAAUCAUUGGUCUCACGAUUAUAUCACCACGAGAGCACUACCGCUCUGUGAGUCCAUCGGCCUUGAUGGUUUCCUAUCUAUCUAUACGUACUUUCUUGAACGUAUUCACGUUACUGCUGUUUUGCGACAGAGGCUCUAUUCCAAUUCAGGUACUACGAACAAUCAUGGAGGCGGCGAGCCUCACAAUCGAGUCUCGAAAAAUACUUUUGCUCGACAAUUUCCAAGAGCUUGCACCCGAAGGAACAGCUGGACUUUGGAGCAAAGCCAGCUUCGCUUGGGUGAGUUCAAUACUCUUUGCUGGAAAGGACUUCGUAUUCUCUCUAGGAUCAUUGCCCCAUAAUCCUCGUCAGUUUGGACCUACAAAAUUGCGUCAGAACAUUUUAAUGGCUUGGGAUCGGAGAUCAAAACCAGAAAGUCGUUUGUCGUUGCCAUUCGUUUGGGCAAAGUGCCUUAUGCCAGACUUUGCUACCAUCGCACCAACGAGAUUAAUGCUCGUUGUCUUCCGCUAUGCUCAACCUCUUCUGAUGGGUAAGAUUUUGCGACUGCUGGCCAACAAUGCUUUGGAGGGGCAAUCUUAUCAGCUUUCAUGCACCAUAAUCAUCAUCUCUGCGAUAAUAUACAUUGGACAAGCUAUUAUAUCUUCACGAUAUCAGCACCAGCUAAAUCGUCUCGAAAUCAUGACCAGGGCUGCACUUAUUGGACUCGUAUACGAGAAGACGCUUAUUGCACCCUAUGCUACGUACAAGGACUACAGCGCAGUCACCCUUAUGAGUACUGACGUUGAUGCUCUCGGCAACGUCAGUGAGAUGUUCCACGAUUCUUGGGCUCAAGUGUUAGAAGUUGUUGUAGGUAUGGCCUUGCUGGCACAGCAGAUCGGAUGGUUCUGUGUCAUCCCUCUGCCAAUGAUAUAUGGCUGCUCUCAUACGACUCGAUAUGUAGCACGAAAUCUACGUCCCAAACAACUGUCAUGGAACAAAGCUACGCAAGAUCGUAUCAACAAGAUCGUCUCUGUGGUCAGCAAAAUCAAGAUCAUCAAAAUGCUUGGUCUGGCAAAAGUUGCCGAAACCCAAAUCGGCCGCAUGAGGCAGGCAGAAAUUGAUGCUUCGCAAGAUAUGCGUUGGGUGUCUGUGCUCGCUAAUGCAAGUGCAAAUGCACUUGGGCUGUUCACACCCGCAAUCACCAUCAUUCUCUUCGCUGCGUUGGGAAACUCGAAACUCGAUGCAGAAACAGCUUAUACUACGCUCGCAAUCCUGGUCAUGGUCACUCAUCCUGCAAAUAUGAUCAUGACUAUAGUACCCAGAGCAAUUGCCUCUCUGGCCAGUUUUCAGAGGAUACAAGAUUUUGUCGGCAAGCCGCAUUUCCAAGAUACUCGUCUUCUUCUUCAAUGUACGGAAGCAGCGAUCUUGGUAGACGCUGAUCGUGUUUCCCAAGUGGCAAUUGAGUUCAAGGGUGUUCAAUUCAAGUUAGCAGGCACCGCGACUCCGGUCCUGGAUAACAUCAAUCCAUGCAUCAACCGUGGUUCUAUCCUUGUAUACACUGGACUUACAGGAGUAGGAAACAGCAUAUUGGGCCUAGCGAUCGCUGGAGAGUUGUUCCCGUCCAAAGGAUCCAUAUCCGUCAUCAGCAGACGCAUAGGGCUGUGUGCUCAAUCGUCAUGGCUUCCAGGUCAAAUUAUAUCCGAGACAAUCCAAGGCCUCUCUACCAAGCAUGACGACGUCUGGUACCAGAAAGUCCUGGAUGCUUGCUGUAUAGACGACGUUAUCCUGCUCUCUUCCGCCGCCCGAGUUGCUGGACAAGGACAUGCAAGGCUUUCGGGAGGACGACGGCAGAGAGUUGCGUUAGGUCGUGCUGUAUACCAACGACGCGAAGUUCUUGUCCUUGACGACCCGUUUUCGACUCUCGAUCAGCGCACACAGGAGCGUGUGAUCACCAAUUUGCUUGGUCCCAAUGGACUGCUCAGAAGUCCAUACACGACUGUGUUCUUGAUUACAAAUGCCUCCAGUGCUCACUCUUUCGCGGACAGAAUUCUGCUACUGAACGACAAUUGCAUCGGUUUCGAUGGUGACCGCAACAGCUUUCGCACCUACCUAGGCUCAUCAAUAGAGCAUAUCAUCCCAGCUGACGACGCGGCAAAACUCGACGAUGAGGAAAAGACACAAUCGACCCGUGUCAAGACAAGCAAGCUUGCCACCAAAGAUGAUGAAUUUGAUGUUUAUGGUCCUCGAGUCAUUUUAGACUCCAUCGACCUGACCAUCCCAGCCGGCACAAAGGUCUACAUCUGCGGCGAAACAGGCAGG